CUCUGGUAGUAGGAUACUAGAGAGUACAGACGCCGAUGUGUGUGUUCUGCUAGAACUGAUCAUGGCAAGCAGAGCAAUAAAAUUUGGCUCACAUUUAAAAGAGCUAAGAGUUCACUUGUGCCAAACUUCAAAUGCAAGCAAGGGCGUUAGGGAUUUUGUCGAAAAUUAUUACGUUGGACUAAAGAACAGUAAUCCAAAAUUCCCAAUCCUCAUAAGGGAAUGUAGCGGUGUUCAACCUAGAUUGUAUGCGAGAUAUGAAUUUGGAAAAGAAAGCUGUGUUUCAUUAACAAAUCUUAAAGCAGAAGAUAUAAUCAAACAAAUUGAACAGCUAGCCCAGAAAUAGACAUCUAAGAUGAAAAGAUUUGUUGUAAUAUUUGUAGAUGAUUAUUAAUUUUUUUAAAGAAUAGAUAUUAAAGUAUAACCUGUACAUA